UUUGACGCCACCAUUCUUACAACCAUCACCACCAUGUCCUUCCAGCUUAGCGCAACGUUAGUCGGCCACGAGCAGGACGUCAGAAGUGUCGCCAGUGCUGGUCCCAAUGCCCUCGUAUCCACACUGAGAGACGGAACAGUAAGGGUGUGGAAAGCAACCAACGGUGGCUGGAAGUCUUCGUACGACGCCAUCAUUGCCUUCAAUUCUCCCACCAAAACAUUCAUCAACUCGUUGGCAUACGUGCAAUUGCCUGGCGAGUCAUUGAUUGCCAACGCUGGCCAGGAUACCAUGAUCUACUUGUCUGAUUUAGACGCUCCUAUUGAAGACACAGGAAAGUACCAGUUGAUUGGCCACGAAGCCAAUGUGUGCUCAUUGAGCUUUGGCCACCACGAGUUGAUCUCGGGCUCGUGGGAUGCCACAGCAAGGGUCUGGGACCUUGAAAGCUUUGCCACCAAAUAUACCCUCCAGGGCCACCAGUCGUCCGUGUGGGACGUCAAAGUGCUCUCUGAAGGCAGAUACUUGACCUGUUCAGCCGACAGAACCAUACGUGUGUGGGAUGGCAAGCACGAGAUUGCUCAGUUCACGGGCCACAGUGACGUGGUCAGAAAAUUGUUGGUGUUCCCUGACGGAAAACGGUUUGCUUCGGCUUCUAACGACGGUACCAUCAAAAUCUGGGACUUGGGCACAGGUCAGGUAUUGCAGACGCUAUCAGGCCAUCUGUCGUUUGUCUACGACGUCGCUUUGUUGCCCAAUGGCGAUUUGGUGUCCACAGGAGAGGACAGAACCAUCCGUAUCUGGAGAAAUGGCGUGGCCAUCCAGGUGAUCACUUUGCCGUGCAUUUCCGUGUGGUGUGUUGCCGUGUUGGAUAAUGGUGAUAUAGCUGUGGGGAGCUCCGACAAUUUGGUCCGUGUUUUCACGAGGGAGGAGGCUAGAGUUGCUCCUGCUGAGGAACUCUUGCAAUUAAAGGAAGAGGUCCAGGCCUCCAGCAUAGCUGAGCAGUCCUUGGAUGACUUGAAAAAAACUGACAUUCCUGGCUACGACGCUUUGAAAGUCCCAGGAAAGCAGGAAGGUGCUACUCUCAUGGUCAAAUCUCCUGAAGGAGUCAUUGAGGCUCACCAAUGGUCAGGAGGUGAGUGGAUCAAGAUUGGAGACGUUGUGGGCUCAAGCCAUUCCAAGGAGAAGAAGGUAUACGAUGGAAAGGAGUAUGAUUACGUUUUCGAUGUGGAUGUAAAGGACGGAGUCCCCCCUCUCAAGUUGCCUUACAAUACCAACGAAAACCCCUACAUCGCAGCAGAGCGAUUUUUGGCCGCAAAUGAGCUUCCAUCUUCCUAUACUGACGAGGUAGUGAGAUUUAUCAAUAAGAAUACAGAAGGAUUCGAAUUGCAAACAGCCGAGCCUGCACCCAACCCUUACGCCGAUUCAGAGCAAAAAUCCAAACCAGCAGUCCAGUCUACAGCUCUCCAUGUUAUCCCCGAAAAAACAUAUAUCACUUUCAAAGAUUACAAGACGGUACUGCUCACAAAAGGGUUGACUCUUCUCAAUCAAAAACAGGAAGUGUCUCUCCAAUUCCUUUCAAUCGAAAUUGAAACCGUGAGCAGAAAUCUCGACAACCUUAAUUCCAAGAAUGCCAUGGAGUUAAUUACUCAGUUUGUUCCACGUAUUAUCAACGAUUGGAAACCAGAAACAAGACUCAUCGGUUACGAUAUUUUAAGAGUGAGUAUUCCCCGUAUCACCGCAGUGGACAUAUUGAAGUCGACCGAAGGUGCAGAAGUCAUUUUCAAAGCGUUCAGCAGCCCAGCAGAUGUGGUUGAUGAGUCUUUCCUUCCACUUCUUAUGUUACAGCUCAAGACGUUGAGCAACUUGGUUGAAAACGUUCUUUUCGUGCAAGUUUAUGUCGACCCCACCAAUGAUGGCCAAUAUCAGUACAACCUGUACUUCAAGGAAUUAUUGAAUGGAUUGGCCAAGCAGGUUCGCCAGAGCUCUCAAGUGGCUAAGCAAAGUAAGCACUAUAACACUACUACCACUGCAGUGGCUACUUUGGCGUAUAAUUUAUCGGCGUUGCACCUUCGUACCUCCAACUUCAAUGCUUAUCCCGAAGCCGCGGAACCGGUGACCAGAUUCUUGGCUGAUGUUGGAGAGGUAGUAAUCGAUUCUAACCCCGAGGCUGCCUAUAGAUUAGCUGUGGCUUAUGGUAAUUUCAAGUAUUUAAAGGUGCCUGUUGCUGCACCUUCGUGGUUGAAUAAGGCUACCAGCAUCGAGGAAGAGCGGUUCGUUAAGUUGGCUAGCGAUAUUCUCAACUUAUGAUUCUAGCUCUAACAGGUGAUUUGCAUCGACGUUCAGACAAGAACGAGAAAUGUAUCAGGUAAUUAUAAUUUUUAGAAGCAGCUAUAUCACUAGAUAGAAUACCAUCAUACUAGAGAUUGUUAAAGGGAGUAUUAAGAGAUCGAGAUCGAAAAUGGUCUUCCUCGAAAUACAAAUAAUAUAGAUAAAAAGCAUUUUGGAAACUGCAUUCCAUAUUAUUCUAGUAUUGGUAUCCACAAAGAUAUGUUGAUAGAGAACGUUGUAAUGAAUGUAUUAAAUUAGUGGUAGACUCUUGGGCGUACUACUUAACACGGGAAUAUUAAUGCCUGGUAUUAUUGAGUCUCUAUUCUUUGGUACAUGACCGAGAUUGGUAUUUUCUGAGUAUAUUGUUAGUCU